AUGUCCAAUUACAAUACUACCUUAUUCGCUAGAUCAACUGUCGAUCAAAUAGAUCCAGUUGAUUCAAUUUCUACUAAUGUUGCUCCUAUGAUUAAGUCAGAAGGUAUAAUCGAUGAUAAUGAACUUUUAUUUCAUCAAUCAAACAAUACUGUUAAACCUGAAAUGUCUUUUUCUUUGGAGUUAACUAAUAAUAACAAUGAUCAUCUUAAUAAUGAUGAAUUAGAUUCUGCUGUCGUCGAUGCAUUCUUCUCUUCAAGUACUGAUUCAACUCCAAUGUUUGAAUACGAUACUAUUGAAACUAGUAACAACGAUCCAAAGGAAUGGACUUCUCUAUUCGAUAACGAUAUUCCUGUUGUUACAGAAGAGGAUGUCAUGUCAAAUGAUAAAGCUGUCGAAGCUACUGAGGCUAACGUCUCUGGUCUUGAAUCCUUUGAAAUGGCUUCAAUGACUUCGUUCUUACCAACUCCAAUCAUUGAAGAUGAAGAAUUACUAUCAAUGAAAACAAAAUCUAUUAAAAAAAAUGCUGCUCUUACUGGUCGUAUCUCCAAGAAAUCUUCUUGUUCUACUACAAAUGACAAGAUCGAUCAUCUUGGUGUUGUUGCUUACAAUCGUAAAGCUCGUACUGCUCCUUUAACUCCGGUAAUUACUGCUUCUGAUGAUCCAGUCACUUUGAAAAGAGCUAGAAACACAGAAGCCGCAAGACGUUCUCGUGCUAGAAAAUUACAAAGAAUGAAUCAAUUAGAAGAUAGAGUAGAAACUUUAUUAUCUAAAAACUCCGAAUUAGAAAACGAAGUUGCAAGAUUAAAAAGUCUAUUAAGUCAACAACAUUAA